GUACGGUCGUGGCAUGACGGAGCGACUCGACUCAUUAAAUGGGGGUGGCCGGGCGCGGACGACCACUGAUGCUGAUCGGAAUGCUCGAACUUUGCGCUUUACAAAUCAUUAGCAUGUCCUUGUAUUUUUCAUUUAUGAUGCACAUCAUGGUCGCUCUCGGGCUCGAAUUCACAGGCGAAAGCAACAAAAGCUUUAUCUUAAUGGAUAAUACUGGGAACGUUCCCGUCCUGACGGGAAUCAACAAUCAAGACGCACCAUAAACAUGCAGACACUGUAUACUAGUCUACAGUGAGUCAUAAGGCGAGCGGUCAUGAGACGUAAGACUUGAGCUUGAAAGUUUGUUGGAGGUGUGAUACUCGCUUGAUGUCUCGGUAGGGCUUGGAACUGUGAAGACAAAUGUCGGAC